CACACGCCCCCCUCGGACCCUGCCCCGCCCCGUGCGUCCUCCCUACGCGGCUUCAGCCGGGAGCACGGCGCUCCGCCGGCCCCGCCCCGCCGGGUCCGCUCUGGGCCCGCCGCCUGGUCCGCUCGCCGGCGCCGGCUGGAGCCGACCCCUGGCCCUCGGACGCUGGUCGUGAUGGCCGCGCCAGUUACGCAGCAGGUCAGCGGCGGCGGCGCCCGGUCCCUGAGCCCGGCGCUGACCGGCCCUGAGAGCGGGCAGCCCCUGGCGCCCUCUGUGGCCGAGUUGCCGGUGCUGGACGCCUCGGGGCGGAGGCUGCCCUUCGGCGCGCUGUUCCGGGAGCGCCGCGCCGUGGUGGUCUUCGUGCGGCAUUUCCUGUGUUACAUCUGCAAAGAAUACGUAGAAGAUCUGGCCAAGAUCCCCAGGAGUUUCUUACAAGAAGCGAAUGUUACCCUUAUAGUGAUUGGACAGUCAUCCUACCAUCAUAUUGAGCCUUUCUGUAACUGACUGGGUAUCCAUGAAAUCUAUGUUGAUCCUGAGAGAGAAAUUUAUAAAACUGGAAUGAAAAGAGGUGAAGAAAUUGCCUCCUCAGGACAGAGCCCCCACAUAAAGUCCAGUCUGCUCUCAGGAAGCCUUCGGAGCCUGUGGCGGGCAGUGACUGGCCCUCUUUUUGACUUCCAAGGAGACCCAGCCCAGCAAGGUGGAACCCUCAUCGUAGGUCCAGGUAACAACAUCCAUUUUAUGCACCGUGAUAGGAAUAGGUUGGAUCACAAACCCAUAAACUCUGUCUUACAGCUUGUAGGAGUUCCGCAGGUGAACUUCACAAGCAGACCUUCAGUUAUCCAUGUGUGACUUGCCAGUGGUCCUGGGAACGUGCCUGCAGGGCCAGGGCGCAGCACCCUUGUGCUGUGUCUGCCGCUGGCCCCUCCCAGCCCCUGAGGGGUGAUGAGAGCUGGUUCCUUCCAGUUGGAUCCAUGCUGAGGCUUCAGUUGUCAAAAAUGUGAUUUAUAUUUUAAAUUUUGUAGCUUUUUGCAAAAUAACACAAGGUAAAUCUACCUUGGGCUACAAACAGUAGCUCAGUGGUAGUGCGCCUGCCUAGCAAGUACAAGCCCUGGGUUUACCCAGAACUGCAAAAAUAACAAUAAAAAAACACAUACAUACAACAUACUUCUAAAUAUAUAAGAUAAAACUUUAAAAGUCAUAAAAUUAAAUAACAUGGUACAGUCAUUCAAUAAAAGAUGGUUUCAGCAAUUAAAUUAUAUAAAGGGAUGGAAGAUAAUUCAAGACCAUUUUAUUCAGUGAUAAAAGCAGGGUAUCAAAUUCCAUAAGCAGUGUAACCA